AUGAAUAAUUAUCAAAUUACAACAUCUUAGUGCUCCCCUAACAAUAUUUUAGCAGUUUGUGUUGUAAUUAGAAAGCACUUUUUUAAAGACAGAUAAUAUUAUUUAUCAUUAACUCAACAUUCUUUAACUUUGAGUGAUGUAAAUUUUUGUCACGAUUAUUUAAAUAGGGUCCUAAUUAAAAGUCCCCUAAAUAUACGCAACUUUUGGGACUGGACAUUGUGUUCACUUGGUUAUUGGACUAACAAAAUAUAAUUGGAUUCACUUUAUUUUAUAGGGGAUAAGUUAAGGAAUUUUAUGGAAAAGCAAGCGACAUGCAAUAUUUAAGAGAAAAAAUGGGAUAAUUAGUUAUAUAUGAUAAUAUAAAAAAAUUUUAUUUUCUGAAUGAGAAGAAUGAAAAAGGAUCUUUUGGAAAAGUAAAUUAAAAAUAUUUUUAGGUUAUGUUAGGUAUUUGUAAGCUUUCACAAAAGUAAGUAGCCAUUAAAUAACUAGAAAUUCAGAAAAAUUCAUAGCCAGUUAUAAAAAAUGAAAUUAACAUUUUGAGAACCAUCUAUAACUAUUAUUCACAGAACAUCUUGGAAUUAAAAGAAGUAUUUAAAGAUAAAUACUCCUAUUUUAUUGUCACAGAAUUUAUAGAGGGAUACAAUUUGCAAUAAUUAUUAUCAACAAGAAAAACUCCAUAUUCUUUAUAAGAGUCAUUAUACAUUGUUGAAGUAUAUUUGAUAAAAAUAAAUAUAGUAAGUUUUAAAAGGUUUAACACAAAUACAUCAAUCUCGUGUAAUACACAGAGAUCUAAAACCAUCAAAUAUCAUGUACAAUUAUAAUAAAAUCAAAAUCAUUGAUUUCGGACUUUCAUGUUUUUGUGGCAAAUAAUUGGAUGAGUUUCCUAAUUGUGGUACAACGGGUUAUUGUGCACCAGAAGUCUUAAAUGCAUAAAAAACAAUUUUAACUUAUAACUAUAAAGUUGAUAUUUUUAGUCUUGGAUGCAUUUUCUAUGAAAUACUAACAUUGAAAAAAGUGUUCCCAUAUAAUAAAGAAUAAUCGACUUAUUAUUAAAAUCAGAAUUGCUUAAUAAAUAUAGAAGAAUAAGGUUAAAUUUAUGAUUUAAUUAAAUUAUUUCUUAAAGAAGAUCCUAAAUAACGAUUAGAUACUUUUUAAGCAUUAAAAUUAGUUUAAAAUUUUAUAGAAAUGAAGAAUUUUGAUGUAAAUACUUGGUAUAAAAUAUAAUUUGAGAAAGACUCAUUAAGAAAUAAUUCUGAUGAAAAUUUUAUCUAAAAUUUGUCAGGUAUAUUUAAAUUUUGA